AUUGUUCCCCCGCUCAGAUGUUCUCUCCCUCCUGUUCAGGUUCACGUUCCCUACAGCGAGUUCUUCAAGCUGGAGGCUCUGUCGGCGUACCACCGGGUGAUCAGCCUGGAGGACUUCAUGAAGGUGUUGGCUCCUAAAUACUGGCCCCCAGGACAGAGGAAGGCCUACUGCUUCGAGGCCGCCGCCCAGAGGAGCGCAGACAAGAAGUCCUGCCCCAUGAAGGAUGGAAAUCCUUUCGGGCCGUUCUGGGACCAUGUGGGAGUAGAGUUUGACCAGUCGGUUCUGUUUGGAGGGAUAACCUUCAGCGCCUACUAUCAGCCGCAGUGGAUGAAGAGAUUCCCCCCCUCUGAGCACCCGGUGCUGGCGCUGCCCGGCGCUCCGGCCCAGUUCCCGGUGCUGGAGGAGCAUGUGGGCCUGCAGCGCUACGUGGUUUGGUCAGACAAGAUGGUGAAGGAGGGAGAGGAGCACAUCGCCGCCCUGCUGGCCAGGCCCUACGUUGGCAUUCACCUGCGGAUCGGCGUCGACUGGCAAAACGCCUGCAAGCUUCUGGAGAGCGGCGACACCGGGCCUCACUUCAUGGCCUCCCCUCAGUGCGUCGGCUACAACCGCCAGACGGCGCUCCCCCUCAGCAUGACCAUGUGCCUCCCUGACCUGGCCGAAAUCCGCAGGGCCGUCAAACUGUGGGUGAAGAAGACCGCCGCCCGCUCCGUCUACAUCGCCACCGACUCAGAGUCCCACAGCAAACACAUAGAGAAGCUGUUUAAGGGAAAGGUAAAAGUGGUGACCCUCCAGCCGGACUGGGCUCAGACCGACCUGUACAUCCUAGGACAAGCCGACCACUUCAUUGGGAACUGCGUCUCCUCCUUCUCCGCCUUCGUGAAGAGAGAAAGAGACGUCCAUGGCCUGCCGUCCUCUUUCUUCGGUAUGGACAAACCAGGGAAGGUGAAUUCCAAAGACGAACUCUGAGAAUUAUUCUGCUGCUAGAAGGAUCAGGAGGUUCUUCCAUGUGAGACGGGUUCAGUUUGACCAGAAGCAGCGAGGAGGAAAGGCUGCGACGGAUCUGCUGCCGGUUUAGUCCCGUUUCUGAUGGAGACAUUAAAGCCGGACUUUAAUGAAGGCCGACCAGGACAGUCUGGCUGCUGAGGACAGAUGCUCGUUGUUUUAACGGUUGAUAUUCUGCCAUCUAUUUUCUCUCUGAAUAAAAUGGAUGUUUGAUCCAGCAUGAAACAUCAUUAUGAACAAACAUUGUGAGGCAUCGAUACUGGAAUGAUUUCUCUUUCAUCAAUUAAUCAGUAUUUUUCUAAAAG